GUCCAGUGUGAUUGAAACCGGAAUAAACAAAGGGCAGCCGAGCUCAGCUGCUCGCUGUUUUUAUAGUCCCAGGUUUCAGGUCGAGGAUUGGCUUCGCUCCACCGCGUCGCUGUUUUAAAAAGGGAAACGGACUGGUUUAUAAUCUGAUGUUUCCCUGAUGGUCGUUAUGAUGGCACUGGGACGGUAGUCGGACAACAUUGCCCGCCACAACCAAUUUUUAUCUCGGUAGUCGAUUGUUUUUAAUAUUGAUUUGAAUUUGAACUUAUUUAAUUGAAUUGUUUUUAAGUGCAUGUCAGAGUAUGAAAGGGGGGCACUCAACUCCACCAACCCGGAGCAUGAGCCGGGGAUCCGGGCUGCUCUGGGGGGUGAUCGGAGUGUGCCUGUGGGCAGCGGCAGUGGGAUUCAAACCGGUCAUCAUCGUCCAUGGAUUGUUCGACAGCUCCGGUGAUUUUUUAACUUUGAGUCGUUUUAUCAACGAGUCUCACCCCGGGACCAAUGUGUCGGUCAUCGACCUGUUCGACCGGAGCUCCAGCCUGCAGCCGAUGUGGAAGCAGGUGGAGGGCUUCAAGGCGGCCAUUUACCCCAUCAUGCAGAACGCCGAAGACGGGGUCAACUUCAUCUGCUACUCCCAGGGGGGACUGAUCUGCAGGGGCAUCCUGGCCACCCUGCCGGACCACAACGUGCACACCUUCAUCUCCCUGUCCUCCCCCCAGGCCGGCCAGUACGGGGACACGGACUACCUGAAGUAUCUGUUCCCCCAGUUCAUGAAGUCCAACCUCUUCCAUCUCUGCUACACCUCGGUGGGCCAGCGUAUCUCCAUCUGCAACUACUGGAACGACCCCCACCACAGGGACAUGUAUGUGAACAGCAGUGACUACCUGGCGUUGCUGAACAGCGAGAGAGAGAACCCCAAAUCAGCAGAAUGGAAGACUAACUUCCUGAAGAUUAAGAAGUUGGUGUUGGUUGGAGGGCCCGAUGAUGGGGUGAUCACGCCCUGGCAAUCCAGUCAGUUCGGUUUCUAUGACGACAACGAGACUGUUGUGGAAAUACAACACCAGGAAGUGUUCCUGCGGGACUCGUUCGGGUUGAAGACCCUGGGGGCGCGCGGAGACCUGGUGAUCUGCUCCAUGGCCGGGGUGCAGCACGUCUGGUGGCACUCCAACGAGACCGUCUACCAGACCUGCAUCGACAAGUGGCUGCAGUAGACCUCCGCCUGGGACCACACACAUAUACACACACACACACACACACACACACACACACACACACACACGCAUACAUGCAUACAUGCAUGCAUACAUACAUACACACACACAUACAUACAUACAUACAUACAUACAUACAUACAUACAUACAUACAUACAUACAUACAUACAUACAUACAUACAUACAUAAAUACAUACACUAUACACAGAAGCUAUGCUCAUUAUCCCCUGCCAGGGGAAAGAGUUUUAAAUAUUUAUAUGAAUUAGUUCUCUUUUACAUGUGGUGUGUGUGUGUGUGUCAUUGCCUGUGUGUUUACGUGUGCUUGGCCAGCGACCGCAACAACACAACAACACAACUGUGCCUAACUGACAUUUUGAGAUUCUGUCUCCAUGACAACCCGCAAUGCCCACCCACCUCGUCGCCGUGGCGAUUGUUUUUAUGUGUUUUUAUUUUCCUAUCCAGUUGAAGCAGACUCCCUGUGUUUUGUUUUUUUUAGCCUGCAAACAUUUUGAAGAAAAGUGUUUUUAAAAUACUAUUUUCGUGGUCAAAACGUGUCUCCGAUAGUAAUUCUGCCUCAUGCGUUCAAGUCGUGCUUGUGUAGUUCCUCUGCAGUAGAACCAUGCCUUAAAGUAGGAUCUCCCUCCCCCUCGGGUCGUAGUCACCCAGCGGGCAUCUUGAGUUGAAUGAUUUAAGGUCCCAUGUUAUGCCACCAGGAGUGAGUGUGAUUAGCCGUUAGAAGCCGUUUUGAAAAUCUGCCUCUUCCGACAUCACAUGUGGGCGUGUCCACCUAGAUGUAUGAAGGAUAGAUGAGCAACGUUUGCUACAGUCCACUGGGUAGGCUGGUAGACUGAUCUAUCCAGCACACAUCUAGGUGGACACGCCCUCUUGUGAUGUCACUGAAAAACAGGAAGAGGUCGAUUUUCAAACGGCUUGUAAUGGCUAAUGACACUCACACCUGGGGGUGGGAUAUGGGACCUUUUAAUGCUCAGUUCCCUUCACACAGCUAGUGUCUGGAACCAAGAUGGUUGCCAGGUGAAUGAGGCCCGUGAACCACAUCAGUCUGAUGACCAACGCCCAAGUGCUAAGACUCACUGCCUUUAUCGAAGACGGGGGCCGUACAGGAAAUGGAAGUUGCGUGACGGCUGGGGUCAAGGGUCAAAGGAGUGUAAAAGGAAGUGGUUGUGUUAGUUUACCUCUGCCCUGUCAUACUCGUUAACCUCCCCCGCUGUGACGUUUAGAAAUCUCAGGCGUUUUAUUACAUGUUUCGUCAGUCCGUCUGUCCGUUUUAGGUUUUUUUUGGAUCAAAAAUUCUGAAUGUUAAUUGCUCUCGGUUGUAUUAUAGUUGUUUUUUUUGUUUAUUUCACAGUUACAAAGGUUUAACUUUCAAAUGAGGGAAAUGUGCUCGCCUCCAACGACUUUGUGUUGUACCCGAGGAUGAUUAUUAAAUGACGUAGAUUUAUGAGGGAAGUUUUAAAUAUUAUGGAUAAUAUCGAUAUUGUGUUUUUUGAGACUGCAGUAUUAUCAUGUGUAUGUAUUUUUACAUUGUUAUGUACUAGGUUUUAUGUAUGCUUGUACUGUUAAACUGAAGUGUAUUCAUGGAGAAUUAUUGGAUAUAUGCUUUUAAAUUAUAUGUCCGAACAGGUAAUACAGUCCUAACAAUCUUACCGAUGUAGAAUAUUUUUUUGGUUUUCACCACUAAUUCCACAUGAUCCGCAGUAUAAGAAUAAGUAGCAGUUUGAGAUCAGUAUGAAAAGUGCUUAAUUGCCUGAAAAGUUGCACAUACAUGGAAUUAUCAGAUAGAAUUGUCAUAUGUAUCUUUAUGCACAAACCUACCUGACAUAAAGGUAUUUCUUGUAUAACGUGCCCAAAUAAUUAAGUGUCAUUUUUUAAUUAUCCAAUAAAAACGAUUUUAAAAGUA